CCUAAAUAUGAAACUUCCUUCAACGACGAUCUGAUCUUGAACCCUUGCUGACAAGAAAAUAGUCAAGCUAAUGUGAUUAGAUAAAACAUCAGCAAUUGUGUAGAGUGGAAAUGAUGAAAGGAUCUCGAAUGCAAAAAGGUAUAAAGAUGACAGAAUCUGGGGAUCGAAAAGGUGGAGGGAACCCCUUUUUAUACGAUUGAUCAUCACGCUCACAGUAAUACUAACAAAGAUGCCUCCUAAAGAUAAAUAUUCCGAUCCAAAGCUCCGCGAUCAAAUCAAGGAGGAGGUAAUGCAAUCGGAUAAAGGAGGAGCUCCGGGUCAAUGGAGUGCACGUAAAGCACAAUUCAUGGCAGCCGAAUAUAAGAAGAGAGGUGGAGGAUAUAAUCAAGAUGAAGGAAAAAAGGAUGAAUCUCAAAAGAAUUUGAGUAAAUGGGGAGAAGAAGAAUGGCAAACGAAGGAAGGUAGCGGAAAUGCAAAAAAGGAAGAUGGAACACAAAAGAGAUAUCUUCCUAAAAAGGCAUGGGAACAAAUGGAUGAGAAAGAAAAGAAGGAAACAGAUUCUAAAAAGCAAGAGGAGAGCAAGAAAGGAAAACAAUUUGUAGGCAAUACCGAAAAAGCAAAGAAUACACGAAAGAAGGUUAGCGAAGAGCAAGAGGAGGAUGAAGAAGAGGAAGGAAAACAGAACUCUCGAGGUCAAAAACGUAAAUCUACCUCUGAGGCAAAAGAAGAGGAUGAAAAUGAGGAGGAAAAAUCUUCAAACAAAAACAACAAAAGCGCCAAAGGAACACAUGGAUCAAAGCAUGAUUCAAAUGAAGCUCCCGGCAAACAAGCAUCCAAAGAUCGAUUACCUGAAGUAGGUAAAACAGUAACUUGGAAAGCAAUGCCUGGCUGGGUUGAAGGUGAAGUCAAGGAAAUUCUACGUAAAGCAAAAACUGUCAACGGAAAGAGUGUCAAAGCUUCAGAUGAUGACCCAAGAAUCGUUUUGAAAAGUCAUGGUCCUUCGGGAAAACUUGCUGUUCAUAAACCGGAAGCAGUGUAUUUCUGAAUGGUGAAUUUAUCUCCCGAGUAGCACACUACCUCGUACUACCAUGUGCCUUUUUCGGCGUUUCAUACUUCAAUUUCUAGAAAUGGUAGCUUUUGAGAUCGCUAUUCAGACAGGGGUAAGGAGAUAUGCUUAGAUUGUGUCUUGUAGAGUCUUUAAGAAAGGGG